AUAAAGAGGUGAAUCAUGGAAAAGACCCAGAGAGCACAACUAAGAAGAUUCCAAUCACUGAAGAAGAGAUGGACGGCAAACACAAGGAGAGAAAACUGGAGGAAGAGGAGGAGGAGGAGGAGGAGGAGGAGGAGGGACAGUACAAAAACCCCUGCAGACGCAUGAAGAAGAGUCACCCAGUCAGACACAGGAGGAGGAGAGUCGAGGAAACCCCGUCUGAGCCGAGUGUGGACAGUGACGGACAGCGGGGGGGCGAUGGUGAAACAGACAAUAAAGGGACGACAGUCCGACCGUCCCACUGUCACUCUGACUCCAGAGGCCUCUCUGCACCGCCUCAUGUCCGCUGCAGCUCCCGUCUGGCUGCAAAACCACGACGGGUUCACUGUCAGACCGGCCGGGUGAAGCCCCCCCCUGCCCCCCCCGACCCACCCAAACACACCGAGGGACAGAGGCGGAGCUACGCAGGGGGCGCCAGGUGCAUCCCAGAUAAGGUGAUUUCCAUAAAGACGUCACACCCUGAAGCCGAGACCGUCGCAGCAGCUUCGACGUGGCAGCCGGAGAUCAGAGAGAGACGCUACAGAUGUUCCAGCUGUGGUAAAAAGUUCUACCAGCUCAGCCACUUGAAGAAACAUCAGUUCAGUCACACAGAGCAGAAACCGUUCAGCUGCCCAGAGUGUGGGAAAAACUACACGUCGGCAGAGAGCUUCAGAGCCCAUCAGGUAGAGCAGACCUCUCGAAACCUGGAGUGCCACUUGAGAAUUCACAGCGGAGAGAAGCCGUAUCCCUGCGCCGAGUGUAACCAGAGUUUCUCCCAGAAACCGGAGCUCCGCCGGCACAUGAUUUGCCACACGGGUGGAGGCUUCCUCUGCAGCUACUGUGGGAAAUCACUGAGGGAUCCACACAGCCUGAAGUCCCACGAGCGACUGCACACUGGAGAAAGACCACAUCGCUGCCCUGUCUGUGCAAAAGGUUACACGUUGGCCACCAAGCUGAGGAGACACAUAAAGUCCUCUCACGUGCUGGAGAAGCCGUUCAGCUGCCACUGUGGAGCUUCAUACACUGCGAGACAGAGUCUGCUGAGGCAUCAGGCUCAGCACAGGACGGAGGGAGGAGCUCAGGAGGACGUGGGAGAGGAGGGUGGACACAGGGACGAGACGGACAGCAGCUGGAACCAUGGGACUUCAAACUCCAGUCACUCGAAGCCAAUCAGAGGCCGGCCGAAGAAGAACCCCCUCCCACAAGAGGCGGGGGAGACGGAGGCUGGGGAGGUGAAGAGGAGAAAGGGAAGAGAGGAGGAAAAGGAGGUGAGGCAGUUAGGAAGGAGAGUUCAAGAGGACCAGACUUCAAGAGAAGGAGAUGAGGAAGGUAACAUCCAGCACGCCGUCGUCUACGUCCACACCGACAACCUGUCCACACCAAGCUCCGCCCCUCUGCUCCUCGCCUCGGAGAACUCCCUGCCUGCAGGGGCGGGGCGGGAGCUGAUGGAGGUGGUGAUAUCAGAGGGCGCAGAGCAGUGCAUUGUGGUCCACGGGCAGCCGGCUGUAGGAGAGCUGCUGAUCUUACAGGAGGAGGAGAGCGGCCUCUGCUCUGUGGCUCAGACUGUGGAGAUCAACACCGUGUAGAUCUCAGCUGGCACCGUCUACGUUCUACACAUCUGUUCUACG